ANUGUGUUGUUCUCCGGAUUUUCGGAUAUAGCUUGGUAAUCGUUUUUGCUGUAUCUUAUGCAAUUGGUUGCCGUGUUUCAAUUUCUUGGAUCUUUUGAAAGCCUACACUGAUUUCUUGAUAAAAUUUGGUCAACCCACUCUCUUUAGUUUUAUCUAUGAACUCAAAAAGCAAACUGAAGCAUCCAAAACAAUGUGUUCAUAUUAUAAAAGGAAUGUCUUGUUUUUUCAGAUAAGACAAAAUAAAAGAUGAUGGAAAUGUCAAAUGAAACUAAGCCCACAUCAGCACCUCCAGAAUAUUCAGGCCCAGCUUAUUCACUUCCACAGGUUCAAUAUCCUCAGUAUGGAGCAGCCAUUCCAGUUCUAGCAAAUCCACCUCCACCCAUCAUCUGGAUGCCACCACAACCUCAGAUCCCCAAGUGCCCUCGUGGAUUGGAAUAUUUCAGUCAGCUUGAUCAGAUAACAGUUGAACAGCAGAUUGAGCUCAUGGAAAUGAUAAGUGGCUUUGAAACGUGUAAUAAGUAUGAAGUAAAAAAUGCCAUGGGGCAUUGGAUAUAUUUUGCUGCUGAAGAAAAUGAUGACUACAACCUGAAUUGUUAUGGCCCUUUGAGAUCGUUUACCAUAAAACUCUUUGACAGUACAAACCAACCAGUAAUGCAAUUGUCAAGAGAGUUCCAUUGCUCCAGUUGCUGCUGUCCUUGUAUUUGUUGCCUGCAAGAGCUUGAAGUUCAGGCACCUCUAGGCAACAUCAUUGGGUAUGUGAAACAAAACUGGCAUCCAUGCCUACCAAAAUUUACUAUCCAGAAUGAGGCCAGAGAAAAUGUUCUUAAAAUUACUUCACCUUGUGUGUCUUGCCAAUGCUAUCGGGAUGUUAAUUUUGAGGUGAAAACUGUAGAUGGGAAAUCUACAAUUGGAAACAUAGUAAAAAAAUGGACUGGUUUAGCAAGAGAGGUUGCUACAGAUGCAAGCAUUUUUCAAAUUCACUUUCCAAUGGACCUUGAUAUUAAUAUGAAAGCAGUCAUAAUGGGAGCCUCUUUUCUUAUGGAUUUCAUGUUUUUUGAAAAUGCUGGAAACAGAGGGAACAAUCGUAACAGAAGCAACAAUCUUAAUAGACAAAGACAAAGACGUAGACGUAGACGUUAACUGAAACCAAGACUUUAAGAGUCUCAUGACACUGAAUUAAGCUUGCAGGAAGAAUUUUAUUUCUUUCUAAAGUUGCUUAUUUCAAUAUUUACAAUCAUACCUUUAACUAUUAUACCAUAUAUGUCAGAAUAUUCCAUAUAACUCAAAACAUUUGUCAAAUAUUGAUAUACAAUAUAUUGAUAUCCCUGUAUAAUAACAAAGGUAUAUAAUUUAUAAAUUCAGCUAAUUUUCAAUCAGUAAACAGAUAUACUCCAUUUGCUAUUUUUUCCUGCUGUUAUAUAUUAAGAAUUGCCUUAUUAUGUCUUUCUUUUUUUAUAAUUUCUGUGUAUCAUGUUGCAGUAAUAAAAUGAACCAAAGUGGGUAUCUCAAUAUUCAGAGAAUAUAAAGUUGAAGAGAAAUUCAAUAAAGUUGAUAUUUUCCUU